AGAAUAACCUCGAUGGGAUCAAUCCAUUUGUCUUGUGAUCUUGCUUUGCAAUCUAGACUUUCGAAAUUACGAGACGCUAUAGUCAUUCAUUUCAACAUUACUGUUCUCGUUUGUCAGGACAAACAAGGUAAUAACCAAACCAUAGAACUGUCAACGCGCUUAGUAGUCUAAGCCCAUCUUAGUCACGUGGUACACAAUGUCUCAUCUUAGUCAACACUUAAGCACAAUCGCCUGUUUCCAACACACAUUUCAACAUCCGUGUCCAAUACCGUACCCUCCGGGGGGCUUUUCAGAGCAACAACAGCAGUAGUUCUAAUUAGUAGUCACAAGCAUCAUCAGCCACUUUAUCCCCCGGUGCGGGGGCUGGGUGCCAUAUUCGGACGGUUUGAGCGUUUAUUCGAUAACAGGCGGCACCAACGCUGCCCGUCGGAACUCUGUAAUGCUCCUUACAUGGCUCUGAGUCAUCAUCGCCGCUGUCAGCCUUCAGGUGAAGGGGGAAUUCCUUCCCACACGACCACCACAGCUAAGCUUCUCGCGGAAUGAUGGGCAUGGGGAAUCUUGAACGCCCCUGUCGGAUUCCUCUCGCUCGCGCCAUUGAAAGAUGAUCAAUCCCCUGCCUAGACGUUUGUUCUAUCCCACAACACCGCCCGCGGUCAGUUUGAUCGCGACUAUCACAACGACGACGACAACGGAUGGCGCGCGGUUGUAUCGUAGUGCUUGUGCGUGAUAUCUCCGCGCCGUGAACUCACUGUAAUCGACAACGAAGACCCUGCAAACAUUCCUCACCAGUAAAUGAACUGAUAAGCGCCAUCAGUGGUAUCUACGCUGAAUAACCUCCGACAAGCCUAGACUGGUCUGAGAAGCAUUCCAGCGGGCUGAGGUUGUGAAUGAGAACGAAACUUGCCUCAGCACUUUACAGGGUGCCCAGAGUUAAAAGUCUGCUCGAGCACCGUGUGGUGGAAAGCUAUAUUUUGUACCUACACUUGAGGUUGAGACGCAUCUUAAACAACACUUACUAGAACACCAACAAUCAACACUGGUAACCCUAUCAACGGUAUCAACCUUGUACGGAAUGUGUAACUGUUGUCGUUGCCGCUGUUGCGUUGUCUUGCUGUUGCCGACGACACUCUCGCGUUAGUCCAGUCAUUCUUCGACGGGUAGGGGGCGUAGUGUUUGGGCUGUAGUUCGUCUCUAAGUACCCAGCCUAAGCCUUUAUCGAUGCCGAGCAGCUUAUCUCUUCCAAGAGCGGCAUUGCGUAGCAUCAUAAAAAAACGUGGGUGUUUACCCAGACAAAACUGUAAAAUAUUCCCCGGAAUGCGUACGACGACGUCCACCCUCGUUCCAGACUUAGUCUAAUUCGGGCGCUCGGUGCAGUACUAGCUGAUAAGGCCGAACCUCGGUUAUUGCGCGUCUUGUGUGCGAUUUAAAACACCUUAAAAAACAGGUUCUUCAAUCAGGUCGGUACCUGCGACGGAAACGCGGUCUUUUGUGCAUUUUUCGGUGUCCUCAUAUGCAGACAAAACAGUGUCAAGUUAACCCGAUGAUUGGCAAUGGAAACGCAGUGUGACUUCGAAGGCGAAAGGAAGAAAUGUGAUACAGUGGAAAAGCCAGGCGCUAAAAGUAUGAGGCUGGACCUAACGGUGAUACCUUUGAAUUCGUCCACCAAGAUAGACUGCACCCUCAGUUCUGAAAGCACCGGUCAGGAGUGCCUGGAGAAUGUCUGCCAACGGAUAUCGAUCAACCAGCCGGAGUUCUUCGGUUUGCGGUAUGAAGUCAAAGGCAGCACUACCGGCGAAAUGCGGUGGGUGGAUCUGGAUCGACCGAUUAGCCGGCAACUGGAAAAGUUUUCCGCCAACAUGAAGGUGCUAUAUCUGAGGGUCAUGUACUACGUUCUGUCCGGUGUUAGUUUGGUCCAGGACGAAUGUACCCGGAACUACUACUUUCUGCAGCUGAAGCAUGAUGUGAUCGAAGGUAGGAUAAACUGUGAUCCAAAGCAGGCAGUAAUUUUGGCGAACUAUAGUCGACAAGCUGAGUAUGGGAAUCAUCAGGACCGACAGACGGUAGAUUAUCUAAAACCGUUAUUGUCCUUUCCGAAAGAGAUGAUUGAAGCGGAUUUAUUGGAAAAAUUGACUGAGGAGGUGAUACGACAAGCUUAUGACCUGCAUAAUGUGACGCAUGGAGCGGCGGAAAGUUUGUACAUUACCGCUUGCCAACAGUUAGAUGGGUAUGGUCAGGAAACGUUUGCUGCCAAAGACGACCAUGGGAGGGAUGUCACGUUGGGAAUCUCAGUUUCGGGAAUUAUUGUGGCCAGCGAUUCGAAUAAGUUCUAUCCAUGGCGAGAUAUUAAGAAUGUACUCAACCACAAAAAGUAUUUCAACAUAGAAUGUUCGGAUGCUAGCGAGAAUGUUAGAUUUACGGUAGCGGACUCAACGACUGGGUCGUACAUCUGGAGGCUGUGCGCAAUGCAACAUCGGUUCUUUGCUCGGUUCGAAAAGAACCAGACGCAAGCGAGUCAGCUGAAUUUGAAUCUGUUUCAAAACGAAAAUUUGAACGACAGUAGAGACGACUUGCUGAGUGAAAGUCAGUAUCAUAUAUCCUCCUCAGCAAUGAAUCAUAUAAUGGGUUCAGCAAACUGGCAAAGCAAUAACGAACUUGCUGCGCAAUCGGCUGCGAACGUAUGGAACAAUUCCGGACCAUCGAUGGGGAUGGUAGUUGAAUCGCAACCUUCCCCUCUAGUUGCUUCCAGCACAAAUAUCGGUAGCAUAGGUAACCUAAAUAACAAUAGUCUUAUAAAUUCCAAUGCCAACGUAAUGCAGUCUCGAUCGUCACUGCAAACAUCCACUCUGGAUAUAAAUCUUAACUCCUCAUCUUCAGUGCCAUUGGAAUAUUCGAAUCACAGUUCAAACUGGGCAAUAAACCCGGCCGGUUCGAACGCAUCACUGAUCAAUCGUGCACAAAGCUCAUCCUGUCUAGAUUUAAGCAAUAACAACGUUAGUCAAGAUCGAGAGCGGCUUAAAGCGCUACUACCAACUUACCGACCUGCUCCGGACUACGAAACUGCUAUGCAGCAAAAGAUGCGAAACAGCACCAACGACGUCCGUUUAAGUAACGGUAAUUUGUUGCAUUUAUCUGCCUCACAAAUGUUGGCUCAGGAUCAUAAUAAUCUAGAAUACAACAUCACCGGAAGCCAACCGGAUGUGUCUUACUUCAACCAGACGAUUCAGCAUCAACCCACAAUUCAUCAGCAGCCAUACCCGGAUGUAACUCAUCACACAACGACCCACAUGAUUGGCCCUCACUACUCGGAUGCUUCCGAUUACGGGCUCACUCAGCGAUUCAAAAUGAUGAGAUUAGUCAAACCACCUCCACCUUAUCCCGCCAAUCGCCUGAGUUCUACAUCCACUCCGGAUCUGGCAUCUCAUAGAGCUCUUCUAGGAUACCGCGGUGCUCACGUUUCUGGAUCUAGUCCUGAUCUUGUAUCAACUCGUCCACUCAUGAAUCAUGCUCAACUCGUGCAAAUGUCCCAAAACAAUCAGAUCUUCUACCCCGGCAACGCCCAUCAACUACGACACUCGCAAAACAUUGUCCCGCAUGGAACGUACGAAAACCUAAACUUUGUUGAACCGACAAAGCGCGGAAUGCAUUCUAGUACUCAAGGCGUUAUCUAUUAUAUGCCACAGGAACCAAUGUUUAUGCCGGAAGGUGCGCAAUUCCACAAUGGCGCCAUUGGCGUCAAUCCCAAAGCUCACCUAAAUCGUUCAUCCCAGCAUAUCAACGGAUCCAUUGAGCCGAUCUAUGAAAAUGUUCCCCUGCCUUGGAAAAACGAAAACGAAUCCAUUGAAAUUCGAAAUCGAACAUCCAGUGUACAAUCCGCCCCGGGAGUAUCCCGUCUCAGUCAGGAACCCCAAAUUGCUGUCGCUCAACAACCCGCCUUCUUCGUUCCGGAGAAGCAUCCUCCACCCCGCCAUUCAAAACCCGCUCCGGAAACAUCGGAACCCGCGAUAGUCCACCAGGACCACUUCACAAUCCCGUCCAACCAACCUCCCCCGCCUCAAACCGUUCAACAAGUCACCCAAAAGCCCCCCACUCCAACUCCCCCACAUCCGGAAGUUAUAAACCGAUCCCAUUCCACGAACGUACUCGACUCUUCCGCGUAUUCCACCUUCGGACCGGACUCCACCAACACCGCAACGCACAACUCCACCGCCAUCAUUGCCAUCGCGAACAAUUCCACCAGUCAGCAAAACCAUCACUCGCACGGAGGCAGCAGCAGUCACAACGAUUCCGGGAUCAGCUCCGUGGCCACAUACUCGUCGCACGUGACCACCAACAACUCGCUGACAUCCACCUCAACCACUUCGGCCAGCAGUUCGGUCAAGGAAACCAAGCGGCGAAAGAUCUGGGCCAUCCUUGGCGGUCGCUCGAAAAAAUCAUCCGACCAGCAGAAAAGUGCCACCCUCGGGCGGGAGAAAGACCGCAAGAACAAGGCAGCGGCGGCGGCAGCAAGCGGCUCGGCCAGCGGCGGAGGCAGUGCCAACAGUUCCCUGAGCGAAGGCCAGAUCAAACACCGUUGGUCGACGGGGACGCCCCGACAGCAACCGCUACCGGCCAACAUCAGCAAGGAGAAGUUGUGUUCACUGCUAGAAACGAAACUCGCCGAUCCUCAGCUUUACUGCGAAUUCGAGCGGAUACCGAAGCGAGUGGAUAAUGCCAAAUAUGAUUGUGCUCUGGCGGAGGAAAACAAGAGCCGAAACUUCGAUCCCAACUUCCUGCCGUACGACAAUAACCGCGUUCGGUUAACUCCAACCCGGGACAAUCGAAUGGGAUACGUGAACGCUUCGCACAUUACUAGCACUGUGGGUAAUAAGCAGAGGUUCUACAUCGUAGCUGAGAGUCCGAACGAUACGUCAACGACGAAUACCUUCUGGCAGUGUGUCUGGGAGGCGGAUGUGUACCUCCUGAUACAGCUAUCAAGUGAACUGAACUAUAUUCCACAGACUAGUGAGCGUUGUUUAGAGUAUGGGCAGUACCAAGUUUGGCGGGAGUUCUCGCAGGAAUCGGAUCGCUGUACCACCUCCAAGUUGCGUGUGUAUCAUACGCAAAGUCGACGCUAUAGAUCUGUGUGGCACAUUUCGUACAACGAGUGGGGCGAUCAAAACUGUCCCAGCAGCGUGGGACACUUUUUAGGCUUUCUAGAGGAACUCAACUCCGUUCGGUUGGCUUCGGUGGCCGAGGUGCCACCAUCGCACAAUACCAACCCACCGGUUUUGAUUCACUGCAACGAAGGUGGCGGCCGGACGGGCGUAACCCUGGUAGCUGACCUACUGAUGUACACCCUGGAUCACAAUCAGGAUCUGGACAUCCCACGGCUGAUCGGCCAGAUACGCCAACAGCGGGACAACAUCAUACCAUCGCUAGCACAAUACAAAUUCAUUCACGCCCUGUUGAUUCACUAUCUGAAACAGACGCGGCUCAUUUAAACAGGCGCGGAAGGUACGAACUGGCCUCCUCCGUAUCCGUAAGCAAGUAUCGUUAUUUAUUUCACUUCACCUUUCCCCCGCAAACCCAAGUAUUUCUACUGUUUAGUAUAUUUCCGAUUAUUAUUUUUUCUUUUGAUAGAGUAGUUAUUUUAUGUUUUAUUCUAUCGUCUGGUAUUAUUGCAAAGUAAAAAGUAUUUUUCUAGCCAAUACGUUAUUUUAUCAAACGACUUUGGAUCGAGCAAAGACCUGUAAAAAACGACACAGAUUGAGCUUGUGCCUUAACAUUUUACCCCGGUUUAGGGGAUUGUAAAAUCCGAGAAAAAGCUGAACAUGUGGCGAUCAUACACUUUUGUACAUAGGACGUUGACGAUAGUUAUGCCAUUUUUUUACACAAAUGUGAAAGAACGAGAAAAGUGUUACAGUUACAACAAAAGAGUAUUUUAAUGAAUAAUUACAUUUUUACUGUAAAACAAAUCUAGUACUAACAAAUUUUAAGUGAUUUAGUUUCAAAAAUACAUUUAUAUGUAAGCGAAAACAAACUUAUGAAAAGAAGAACACAAAGAUGGCUCAAUUUAUAUCGAAACGAAGCAAACGUCCAAUAAAGCUUCCUAGUUGGAAGAGUCUACCGAUACCAG